AGCCGCAGUCCGUGCCGGGCCCCGCCGCUGCCCGACUMCAGCGGGGCCUCCAGCCGGGAACUGCGCUUCCCGCCGCUCCCCGCGUGCGGCCGGGCCGGCGGGGCCGCCAUGGGCUGGGGGGCUCGGCUGUGGCUGCUGGGCGGCCUGGCCGCCUGGGCGCAGCGGCGGCGGGCGGCGGCGGCGGCCGGGCGGGACGGCGGCGCGGGCGGGCAGCGCCGGGAGCUGGAGCUGAGGCUGGUGCAGGUCGUGUUCCGGCACGGGGCCCGCACCCCGCUGCGGCCGCUGCCGGGGAUAGCGCCGCAUGUGGAAUGGCGUCCUACACUUUUAGAUGUACCUGCUAAGACGAAGUUCGAUUAUGUAGUGACAGACCUAAAUGGAGGACCUCAACCAUACUCAGCCUUGGACGAGCAAUACAGAAAGACUGUAUUCAAGGGUGGUGCAAUCGCAGGACAGCUGACAACAGUGGGCAUGCAGCAGACAUUUGCCCUGGGGGAAAGGCUGAGAAGAGACUAUGUGGAAGAAGCCAAGUUUCUUUCACCAACAUUUAAACCUGCUGAGGUCUUCAUCCGUUCCACUAAUAUUUUCCGGAAUCUGGAGUCCACACGGUGCCUGCUAGCUGGGCUGUAUCAACAGCAGAAAGAAGAAUCUGUUGUCAUUGUCACUGAUGAAGCAAGCUCAGAAAUACUCUACCCCAAUUACCACAACUGCCAGCGCCUGAAAUACUUGACCAGGGAUAGAAUGGAGAAUGCUAUGCAUCAGCCAGGUAUCUUUCAUGACUUGGAAAAAAUUAAGAAGAAGAUGGGUAUUGAUGAUGAUGAGUCCGUGGAUUUUUUUGUCCUCCUUGACAAUAUUUUUGCUGAGCAGGUGCACAAUUUGCCAAGCUGCCCUGUGCUGAAGAGCUUCCAGCAGACAGUGGAGCGCCGAUCUGUUGACUCCAUGCUUUUCCUUCUGGAAGACAGUUCCAGAGAAGUUCUUCAGAUGAAUAUUGGCCUCCUUUUCAAUACCUUACAGAAGAAUAUUAAAGCAGCAGUAAAUCCCUCAAAUCCAGCUGAAAAGGCCAGAAAGCUCUUCCUCUAUGCUUCUCAUGACUCCACUCUUAUCCCUCUCCUGGUGGCACUGGGCACCUAUGAUCGCAAGUGGCCGCCUUAUGCUGCAGAUGUGACCCUGGAACUGUACCAGCACCGGCACUCCAAAGAGUGGUUUGUGCGUGUAUGCUAUCGUGGAGAGGAGCAAGUAGUGAAAGGCUGUAAAACAGGUCUCUGCCCACUCGAAGACUUUCUGGAUGUUCUUUCACAGUACUCAGUCAGUCCAGAGGAGUACCAUAACCUGUGCUCCCAAAUGGAGAGGAGUUAGCAAAGUAAGUCAGGAUUAAGCUGUUUUAAAUUAAAAUUAGUUUAUUGUCACAAUCUUCGACUAUUUUUCUUUAUGUCCUUGCCGACAUUCUCCAUUCYAAAGGUAUUUUAGAUGAGGGGACCUUUUCCUGCCAGACACAGAGUGGCACAGUGUCACUUUACACUGUUAGCAGCAAGCUGAAAGAAGCCACRUGACAGCAUGGCUCAUGUUUAUCUCUGAGGUAGCCACAUAUAUGUGUGGAGAGGCCGAAAACGGCAAGGGAGAGAGCACGCCGUUUUAAAUUGCCCCUCUGCUUCAGGAAUAUGAGAGAAAACAUCCCUCUUCCUGGGAUGAAGCCCAGCUUGCUCUGUGCUACCAUACCUGAAAGCUYUGACAUUACAUUGAUUUUAUGUUUGGUAAACUGCAGAAGCCAUUGUGGCUUUCCCUUUCUUUUGGCAUAUUGGAGGGCUGCUCUCUGCAGACAGAUGAGCCUCCCCAAACUGCAUAGCAUUUAGCUACCCCAUCUUCUUGAGGGCAUUUCUGUGCACAGAAAACAUUUCCAAAGGGACAGAAAGCCUCCAGACUUCUCUGCACUCCUCUAAUUAUGAGAAUUCUGCCAUGAACAUGCAGAACAACCACAGUGGGCCAAGUACAAGAACACAUUCUUGGUGAACUCUGCUUAAUGUGCUUUGAAGAAGGAAGUCUGGGGAGCUGCUGUCAACUUCGGCUUUGGGCAGCAGUGAUAAUUUUGCAGUUGCUGAAAAAUAAAAUACGAGCCAACAACA